CUGCAAAAGAUGCAGCGAUGCCACCUUCCAUGGCUGCAUCUGUCCUCAACUCGAGCGUUCUUUGAUCGAUGGUUGCGAUGUGACGUCGGUCUGAGCUACUGUGAAGAGAUUUUGGCGAGUGAUGGAGGAAAUUUUUAGAGUCCGCGCCUAAUCUGCAUACGUGGGUUUUGGCAGCGCAAGGACGCGUCUGAAGUUCAGGGACACGGGGAGGAGAAUGGGUGGCGGGCAGCUCCCUGAAGUCGGUGCGAUAUUCAUGUCGAACGCCGGUACGAAAGAAGAAUGUCUGGAGAAGAUGCUGUUUGGCCUCCCAUAUUCCCACGCUGAUUUCGUGAGGAGGGUCAAGGCUGGAAUGAUUCUGUUCCUCUUCGAAUACGAGCGGAGGGAACUCCACGGUGUCUUCGAGGCAGCUUCGGAUGGCGAGGUUAACAUCGUCUCCUCCGCUUAUACUUCAUCAGGGAAGCAGUUCCCUGCUCAGGUCCGAGUUAGCAGGAUAUGGCGCUGUUAUCCACUUUCCGAAGGAGAAUUCCGUGGGGCCAUUGAAGACAACUAUUUUAGUGCCUACAAGUUCAAUUUCGGUCUCUCCUAUGAUCAGGUUCGCCAGCUUCUCUGUUUGUUUGACUCCAGAAAGAUCGGCGAAUCGAAAGAUACAGAUUUUAAUUCAUGCGCAACGAAUGAAUUUGUAGAAAGACAUCCCCGACCUUUGCAUUUCGAUGGAAAAAUAGAAGGCACUGAUUUAGCCAACACAGAUGCUGAAGUCGAGUCAUCUCAUCUGACCGCAAAGUUGUCUGUAUAUUCCGAGAGAACUCUUCCAGAAGAUUGUUUUUCUCUGGUUUCUGAAACUAUGGACAAGUCGAGCACGGCCAGAGUCUCGUCUGAUACUCUUAGUCUUGCUUGCUCUUCACCUUCUCAAACAAGACAGAACUUGCAUGAAGUUGAAACUCAGUGUGCCGAUGCUUUAGGAAGUCAGUCGAUCCAACUUCACAGUGUCGCAGAAAAUAAUGCUUGUUCUUGUUUGAAUGCUGACCUUGGUGAUUUCAUACCUUUGUCCUUCCAUGACGAUGAGAACCUGACAGAAGACGAAGACGAAUACGAAUCCAUGAUACCUAGUUUAUGGACAGACAAACUCUGCUUUGAGCCAUACAAUCGAAUUAUUUUGGGUGCUGAUACUCCUGUGUGUCCGAGUGAACUCUCUACCUUAGAUCCACGAAAAAGUCUAUUCCCUAUAAUUGGUGAAUCAUCCUCUGCAAUCAUCCCUAUACGAAUCAUGACAGACCACCAAAUGAAGGAAGAUAACAAUCACUUGAAUUCUCUCUCCAGCUGCCAAGAGAACAGUAUUUCAGAAGACUCUGAUAACUUUCUCCAUGUCAAGCGUCUGUAUUCUGACUCUUCACUUCCGAGGAAGAGGGGUAGCGUCUUCUCUCGUUUGACGAAAGGAACUAUACAGGAGAAGCAUAAUCCCGUUGAUGUGGUAAUAUCAGUUGACGACAUUAUGGAAAACUUGAAGCUGAAGCACGAGGCUUGGAUGAAAACGGCAAGAGAUGAAAAUCCUGCUCUGAAGGCUGGGGCAGUGAUUAAGUCGAGAAAGAGUGUGUUCAAGCGGCUAGGUAAGCCUCUAGAAACUGGCGUAUCGGAAGGGAAAUGUGAUUGGAAGGUGGCAAUGGGAGGAAGCAAGUCCACCAGAAAGAAGAGAAAAUGCGAAGUACGGUGACUGCCCUGCACUUUGGAGUUUAAAUAAUGCACAUUAUCAUAUGAUUGACUAGAGUAGCUAGGUGGAUACUGGAUACCUCGUUGCUGAAUGGCGGAACUAGAGAUACCUCAUUGCCGAAAGUCGGCACAAAGGAAGCCACUGAGUCCAAUAUUUGGUGAAAUCUACCAUUGUGUUGGUGAGAGUUUUGACAAUAGGUAGUUCAGUGUGUCAGUAAGAUUUGGUGGGAGAGAGCAUGUGGACAGGUUCCAGCAUCAAACAACCCAGUAGUGGGAUCCCUCAUGGUAGAUUUCACCAACAUCCGGUAGGUAUUCGAUGUUGGAAACUCAAAUGGAUAUAGUGCUCUGACUUCUCAUUCUUGAAUUUUCAAUGAAGAUGGGUAUCGAAUGUCGAAGACAGUUUAGAA